AUGACUGUUGAAACCCAGCAACCAGCUUACACUUUAGUGUUUGAUCCCUCGAGGAGUAGCAGUGGUUAUACCGUCUCUGACUUCCAAAAAGCUCUAGAAAGGGGUUCUGAUGAAGAUAAGGUAGCCACUAUGAAGCGGAUCCUAGUUGUCAUGUUGGAAGGUAACCCAUUGCCAGAGCUUUUAAUGCACAUUAUCAGGUUUGUUAUGCCUUCAAAGAACAAGAAGCUGAAGAAGUUGUUGUACUUUUACUGGGAAAUCGUUCCAAAGCUAGAUAAUGAAGGCAAGUUGAGACAUGAGAUGAUUCUUGUGUGCAAUGCCAUUCAACACGACUUACAGCACCCAAACGAGUACAUUAGAGGUAACACUUUGAGAUUUUUGACCAAAUUGAGAGAAGCCGAACUUUUGGAGCAAAUGGUUCCCUCUGUUAUGGCUUGUUUGGAGUAUCGCCAUGCGUAUGUGCGUAAGUAUGCCAUUUUGGCUGUACUAUCCAUUUACAAAGUCAGUGACCAUUUAUUGCCAGACGCCAAGGAACUUAUCAAUACCUUUCUGAUUGCUGAGACCGAUCCAAUUUGUAAGAGAAAUGCGUUUGUCGGACUAGCAGAACUUGAUAGAGAGGCAGCUUUGAGCUAUUUGGAGGAACAUAUCACUUCGAUCGAGUUGUUGGACCCAUUGUUGCAAGCAGCGUUUGUUCAAUUCAUCAGAAAAGAUGCCACUUUGACUCCUGCUUUGAAGCCUCAGUACGUUGAACUUUUGAUCGAUUUGCUAGGCUCUACAACAUCCAGCGAAGUUGUCUUCGAAACUGCUUUAGCUUUGACUGCUCUUUCUUCGGACCCAUCAGUCUUGACCAAUGCAGCCUCAAAACUUGUUGAUUUGGCUGUCAAGGUCUUCGAUAACAAUGUCAAAUUGAUUGUUUUGGACAGAAUUCAAGAUAUCAAUGAUAAGAACCCUGGUUCUUUAGAGGAACUGACUUUAGAGAUCCUACGUGUAUUGAAUGCCGAGGAUAUGGACGUUCGUGCCAAAGCGCUUCAAAUUUCCAUGGGAUUGGUCACUUCCAGGAAUGUCGAUAAUGUCGUGAAGCUUUUGAAGAAAGAAUUACAAAACACUGUCAGCCACAGCGAGAAAGAAAAAUCUAUGGAAUACAGGCAAUUGCUUAUCAAAACUAUUCACACUGUUGCCAUUCGUUUCGCUGAAGUUGCAGCUAGUGUUGUUUCUCUACUUUUGGAUUUUAUUCCUGAUUUAAGCUCUGUUGCAGCUAAUGGAGUUAUUUCUUUCAUCAAGGAGGUCAUUGAGAAGUUUCCUCAUCUGAGAUCUGAUAUUCUGGAAAGCCUGCUUGCUGUUAUGGAUAAUAUAAAGUCAGCGAAGGCUUAUCGUGGCGCUUCAUGGAUUUUGGGUGAGUAUGCCGAAAGCAAUGAAGAGAUCCAAAGAUGUUGGAAACACAUCCGAGCUAGUGUUGGCGAAGUGCCAAUUUUGCAAAGCGAAAUGAAAAAACUAGCAAACGGUGCCGAAGACGAAGAGCAGGCUACUGAUAAAAGCGAGAGUAAGCGUACUGGCCCAAUUAUUCUACCUGAUGGUACUUACGGUACUGAGAGCGCAUUCGACGCCGUCGAGAAUCCAGAUACUGAAGAGAGUAACUCGAGGACACCGAUGCGUCGUUUUGUUUUGAACGGUGAUUUCUAUACCGCUUCGAUUUUGGCAAGCACAAUCAUCAAACUCGUUCUAAGGUUUGAAAACGUCUCCAAGGAUGAAUCUGUUUUGAACGCACUCAAGGCUGAAGGCUUGUUGAUUCUUGUUAGCAUAGUCAGAGUUGGCCAAAGCUCGUUGGUCGAGAAGAACAUUGAUGAGGAUUCUCUUGAGAGAAUUGUCUGCGCCAUUUCCAUUCUGAUGGAUGAAUCCGACCCAGCAGAAAAGAAAUCUGAAAGAGAAUUGGUAGAGAUGGCUUUCUUGGAUGCUACCAAAUCAUCUUUCAAAACACAAGUAGCUCUUUUUAGGAAGAAGAAUGCAAAAUUAUCCGCCAGAAAUCUCAACAAGACGGCCGAACCUCUCGAUAAUCCUAUUCAUUUCAGACAAUUUGCCCAGGCUAAUUCCAACGUCGCCGGUAGCGAUAUGAUCGAGGAAGACUUGCAAUUGGCUCUGAAGGGUGACACGGAAAAGGCUAGUGCAAACUCAGUCAUCUCCAAAUUGAAAAAGAUUGUACCAUUGACUGGUUUUUCGGAUCCUGUUUAUGCGGAAGCAUACAUCACUACCCAUCAAUUUGACGUUGUUCUUGAUGUUUUAUUGGUCAACCAGACAAGAGAAACUUUGAAAAACCUGCACGUUCAAUUUGCUACACUUGGUGAUCUGAAGAUAAUAGACAACCCAACAAGUACAAAUGUUGUACCUCAUGGAUUCCACCGUUUGACGGUGACAGUAAAGGUCUCAUCCGCUGACACUGGUGUGAUCUUUGGUAAUAUCAUAUAUGAUGGUGCUCAUGGUGAAGAUGCUCACUACGUUAUCUUGAACGAUGUUCACGUUGAUAUCAUGGACUACAUCAAGCCCGCCAAGACUGAGGAUGAAAAUUUCCGUACGAUGUGGAACGCCUUUGAAUGGGAAAACAAGAUCUCUGUCAAAUCACAACUACCAUCGUUGCACGCAUAUCUAAGAGAGCUAGUGAAAGGCACUAACAUGGGCAUUUUGACCGCUGCUGAAGCUCUUGGUGAGGAGGAUUGCAGAUUCUUGAGUUGUAACCUGUACGCAAAGUCCUCCUUUGGUGAAGACGCACUUGCCAACUUGUGCAUCGAAAAGGAGCCAUCAACUGGUCAAGUAGUCGGCCAUGUCCGCAUCAGAUCGAAAGGUCAAGGUUUAGCAUUAUCGCUAGGGGACAGAGUGGCAUUGAUUGCCAAACAAAGUGGUAAGGUUAAACUGGCCAGAAUCUGA